AUGGCAACCCCUCAGACUCUGGCCCCUCCGAGGCCGCGCAUGUUGCGCAGAAUCAGCUCCGACAUGGCUACCAGCCAACAGCUUCAGGCAAGGACUGGAGCCACUGUUGUGGUGCCCCCUGCCCACCUCAUGGCCUCGUCGAACGGCUACGAGACUGCGGCUGCCAUGGAGAAUGCCAGAAAUGCGGUCGAUAGGUCCUCCACCUCUACCCCAGAGUCGCCCAGGGAGACCCUCGUCACGGACAGGUUCGCGUACGCCUUUGAUAUUGACGGCGUCUUGAUCCGUGGAGGCAAGGUCAUCCCUGAGGCUAUCGAGGCUAUGAAGUUGCUCAAUGGCGAGAACGAAUAUGGCAUCAAGGUUCCCUACAUUUUCGUCACCAACGGCGGCGGAAAGACUGAGGCUGAGCGUUGCAUUCAACUAAGCCAGCAGCUUCAGAUGGAGGUUUCUCCCGGUCAGUUCAUUUGUGGCCACACUCCCAUGAGGGAGAUGGCCGACAAGUACAAGACUGUUCUUGUCGUCGGCGGUGAGGGCGAAAAGUGCCGCACUGUUGCCGAAGGUUACGGUUUCAAGGAUGUCGUCACCCCUGGGGACAUUAUCAAGACGAACCCGGACGUUACCCCCUUCAGGAAAUUGACUCCCGAGGAGUGGGAGAACUCCAAGGUUCGCGACUUUGAAAACUUCGACAUUGAAGCCAUCUUCGUCUUUGCCGACAGCCGUGACUGGGCCUCGGACCAGCAGAUUAUCCUGGAUCUUCUCAUGUCCAAGAACGGUCGCCUUGGUACCCGCUCCGAGACCUUCGACGAGGGCCCGCCGGUUUUCUUCUCUCACAACGAUGUUAUUUGGAGUGCAUCUCACGACCUCGCUCGCAUUGGCAUGGGUGCUCUUCGUGUGUCUCUCGAGGCCAUGUUCAGGGCCGUUACUGGCAAGGAACUCAACACCACCGCCUUCGGCAAGCCUCAGAUUGGUACUUUCCAGUUCGCUACUCGUCUCUUACAGCAGUGGCGCAAGGAUGUCCACGGAAUUGACCAGCCUCCCGAGACCGUCUACUUCGUCGGCGACACCCCGGAGUCUGACAUUCGCGGCACCAAUGAGUUCAACAAGCACUCCGAGAACACAUGGUACUCGAUUCUUGUCCGCACAGGCGUUUACCAGGAGGGAACCAAGCCGAAAUUCACUCCCAAGGCCACCGUGGACAAUGUCCUCGAGGCGGUCAAGCAUGGCAUGGAGCGUGAGUAUGAGAGGCUUACGAAGGCCGCUCAGGAGAAGAUCGACUCCGCCCAGGAAUCGGAGUAA